AUGGAGCCAAGUAGCACGUUAGUUCUGGCCGCGAUUGUUCUGCUAAUACUAUUUGCCUUGUCUCGGAAGGACUCCGCCCGCUAUUCCAAGAUGCCUCCCGGGCCGACACCGUUACCUCUGAUAGGUAACAUACUAAAAGUGAACGGCAGGACGCCACACGAGAGCUUGGUCGAGAUGAGUAAAACCUACGGACCGGUAAUGACGGUAAAGUUCGGGCCGCAGCCCGUCGUGGUUCUGGUCGGCCUUGACGCGGUCCAUGAGGCGCUGGUGCAGCAGGCAGACGUGUUCGCAGGGCGAGCCAACAUACCGCUCUUCAUGAAAAUCACCGACGGUACAGGAAUAGGCAUGACUAAUGGAGAAUGCUGGAAGCAGCUCCGACGGUUUUCAAUGGCAACACUAAAAGAUUUUGGAGUUGGAAAGAGGAGUAUUGAGGAGUGUAUCCGAGAAGAAGCCAAAUGCCUUGUGAAAGAGUUUCAGAAGUAUGAAGGUUCCCCUUGUGAUCCCAUGUACUUUCUGAGCACUGCUGUGUGUAAUGUCAUCUGUUCAGUUGUAUGUGGAGAGCGUUUUGAAUACCAGGAUCAAAACUUCAUAGAACUCAUGUCUGUUAUUAAUGCCAUAAUUUAUCAAAUGAGCACUCCUUUAGCACAGUUGUACAAUGUCUUUCCAAAUAUACUAAGAUUCCUGCCUGGACCGCAACACAUUGUUCUUCGGAAGAUUAAAGAGUACCAAAAGAUGAUAGCUACAAUAAUUGAGAAACACAUGGAUACAGUGACUGCUGGCAGUCCCCGGGAUUUUAUUGACGUCUACAUCAUGAAAAUGAAGCAGGAAAGUAACAACCCAAGCACAAACUACACCUAUGAGAAUCUGAAUGGAACAGUUUCAAAUCUCCUUAUGGGUGGAACAGAGACGUCAAGCACCACACUGCGCUAUGGACUGCUGAUCCUCAUCAAGUACCCCCACAUCCAGGAGAAGAUCCAGCACGAGAUUGAUACGGUGAUUGGAAGGGAGCGGUACCCUGCCUAUGAAGACCGCAAGAAGAUGCACUAUACAGAAGCUGUGAUUCAUGAAGUCCAGAGGUUUAUUGAUCUCGUCCCAGUGAAUUUAAUGCAUGCAACCACGAAGGACACCAUUUUUCGAGGAUACACUAUACCUUCGGGUACAGCAGUAAUUCCUUUGCUUCACUCUUGCCUGUUUGACAAUAAGCAUUGGCAGACCCCCUACUCCUUCAAUCCAAAUCACUUCCUGGAUGAGAAUGGCUGCUUCAGAAUGAAUCCAGCGUUCCUACCAUUUUCUGCAGGAAAGAGAGUGUGCUUAGGAGAGGGUCUGGCCCGCAUGGAGCUGUUUUUGUUUUUCACAAUCCUCCUACAGAAUUUGUCCUUUCGCUCCAUUGUAAGCCCUGCAGAAAUUAAUCUUUCUCCAGAUGAAAGUUCCUUUGUUAAACUUCCACGACCCUACAACUUCCUGGUCUAUCCUCGGUAA